GUACAAUGAUAUAAUUUGGUACAGAUUUGCAUAUAAAAGCCGGCCCCCCCUGCGAGUGUGAAGUUGCUUAUCAUUUCAUGCCCAAUCACUACAUCACUAGGUCCCCAACAGUAACACAACAACAUUCUAACAACCCAAUAUCCCAACUUCACUGUUUGGCAAACCAAUUGCUAAAUUCCACUGGAAACAGUGGGCUGUUAAGUAUGUUUCGUGCUCGUAAAAUGCAAGCCCCGUUUAUGUUAACCAUUCACUGUAGUAUACAGACACCAUCUUUUGAAUAGAGAUAAGUUUCUCAUAUUGAGAAAGGUAUGUAUGUAUAUCGAUCAUUUGCUUCGCUGGAUGAUGAGGCACUAAUUGUGUGGCUAGUUUCCUCGAUUGAAAGAAAGCAGAAGCCCCUGCCAUAUGAAAAUGACACGAUCGCACAAAACCAAC